GUCUCCUCCGAUGCGUCCUCGAUAUAAUGGGCGGAGCGAGGACACAUCCGGGUAUCUGGAGCGUACUUGGCUGGAUGCGAACUUGUGUAUAGUUCACAUAUUGAGAACCGGCCGAGCAGAAACUCUCUCCCGGGCCGUGAGUCGUCAGCAAUGGGACAUUCGUAGCCAAUAGCCGCUGAAUCUGUGGCGUUAUCCUGCACUCAGCAAGUCCACCAUGAUGUCCAUGACUUUUGGGGUGUCGAGCAGCGUGACUCUGCUGUUUGACUUCUGGGAUGUUCACGGGCCUGCAGGGAUGGUGCUGUCAGUAGUUGUGGUCUUUCUGCUGACGGUGUUCUUCGAGUUGCUCAAAGUGUGGAGGGUGUGGCUGGGGAACGGCUCUAAGCUGCCUCAGAGUCCGUACGCAGCCCCUCAAUCCUUCGGCAGCGACAGCAACUCUGUUCUGGAGAGCAGCCCCUCUGAAUCCUCGCUGACCCCCAUUGGGUCACCCCUUCCCACUCCCAACACCAGAAACAGCUGGCUGCUGCACGGUAUCCAGGCAGUCCUCCACAUGCUGCAGGUGUCUCUGGGAUACAUGCUGAUGCUGUGCGUCAUGUCCUACAACACCUGGAUCUUCCUCGGGGUCAUCGUGGGCUCCGCCCUCGGUUAUUUCAUCUCGUUCCCUCUCCUGAGUCACAUCUGAUGGUA